GCACUUUACGAUAAUGUACUCGUAAAUUUCAAUCAAAUUUAUCUCCUUAUUGUCGAAAAUCUAAUUAAUCUUUGGUGCGAUAAGCAGAGUGUAAUUAAAUAAUUCUACAAUCGAUUGAUACAAUUAGUUUAAAGUUUCAAGUUCACAUUAACACAUAAACAUGGAUUUGAUAUUUAGAAUCUUCGGACUGCUUGCUAUUCUCCUUGAUAAAAUUUUACAGCCAGUGUUUUGGCUACAACGUUGCAGAUGGCAGAAAAAACUACCACCAAUCGAUAAUCGUGUUUUAGUUUUAAGUGCAACCGAGUUAGCUAGUAAAAUACGACAGAAAAAAUUGUCAUCGCAUUAUGUUGUUUCUACAUACAUCACGAGAAUAAAACAAGUGAAUCCUAUUGUAAAUGCUGUGACUGAUGAAAGAUUUAAAGCGGCUCUUAUGGAUGCAAAAGCCGCGGAUGAUUUUAUAGCAAAAACUAAAAUUUCCGAAGCCAUUUUAGUCAAAAACAAGCCAUUUUUAGGUGUACCUAUAACCAUCAAAGAAAGUUGCGGUGUCAAAGAUAUGAGUUACUCCGUUGGAUCAUUGAAACGAAAAGAAUCAAAGUGUGCAGCAGAUGGCGCUAGUGUACAACGGUUGAAAAAGGCAGGAUUUAUUGUUUUAGCUGUAACAAAUUGUCCUGAAUAUUGUGCUGCACUGGAAACUGAAAAUUUAUUGAAUGGGCGCACUAAAAAUCCAUAUAAUACACACUAUAGUGUAGCUGGAUCAUCAGGCGGUGAAGCCGCCAUUAUUGGUUCUGGUGCUUCAGUAGCAGGAGUAGGAAGUGAUUAUGCUGGAUCAAUUCGUGUGCCAUGUUCUUUUUCAGGCAUUUUUGGUCAUAAAACAACACCAAGAAUAAUACCACACACGAUGCAUUUUCCAAAUUCAACUGACUCUGCUUUCUGUAGUUAUAUUGCAAUAGGCCCAAUGUGCCGUUAUGCAAGCGAUCUAAAACCGAUGCUGAAAGUAAUGAGCGCCGAUGAAGGCAAAUGUCUUGAGUUGGAUAAAAAGGUUGAUCUUAGUCAAGUAAAAGUACUUUACACCGAAGAGUAUUACAAUAUGCUUGGAAUCGUACCAGUGUCCCAGGAAAUCAUCGAAGCAAUUUCGAAAUCUGUAAAAACUUUGCGGAAAAAUUUCAAUAUGAAAUCGGAAGUUGUCACGUUUAAAGGCAUGGAAAACUCUGUCGAAAUAGGAACAAGUCUAUAUUUAGAACUUAACGAAAGGCCUAACUUUAUGCAAGAUCCCAAUAAUCCAAAGAAAAAUCGAAACUUGUAUAUGGAAAUCAUAAAGAGUCUGUGCGGUAUGAGUGAUUUGUCUAUUCAACUACUACUCGCGGAAUUAGUCAUCCGUUACAAUGCGUUUCUACCACGAAGACAUUUACCAUACUACAAGCUGAAAAUGGCAGAACUGCAGAAAAUUGUUUGGAACAAAUUGAGCGACAACUCUGUAUUAUUAUAUCCAACAUUUUCAACGCCUGCAAUCCAGCACUACCAGAUCUUUACGAGGAUAUCAAGCAUUACAUACGCGAUGAUUUUUAAUAUUCUUGGAUGCCCAAGUACUCAGGUACCUAUUGGUUUGAAUAAAGAUGGAUUACCAGUUGGUAUUCAGGUGGUUGCCGGACCCAAACAAGAUCGAUUGAGUCUUGCUGUUGCGGAAGCCCUGGAGAAAAGUUUUGGAGGAUGGGCGUGUCCUGAGUAAACAUAACCAAACCCAUAAUAAAGAAAAAUUA